GGGUGGGGCUCGCCGCUUUUCUCUGUGCGAGUACGCAAGUACUAUUUGUUCAUGUGCAGAUAAACACUUUCCGUCCACAGAUGUACUGUACACGAGAGAGUGAGCAUGCACAGCAGCACAGAGGCAGACCGACGGAGCUCGACACACUCGGACAAUGUGUGUGUCUUCGCGCCAAAUGCCCCGCGACUGUACAGACCCGCACUUAGCCACCUUCGUACGCCCACAGGCCAUACACACAGACACGCAGCUAUCCACCCUACACAAUCGCCCAGACCCACAAAGAAUAAUAAGACCCAUUGGUCGGUCGCAGUAGCCACUUAGUGAGUCAGCCGAUCAGUCAGCCACUCGCCCCUUAACCAACAAAAGUAGGCCCACGCCCAUUCCUUGUCCACCGCUCCUCCCAUGCACACACAUAUGACGAAUUUGUUUCGUCAUUCGUCACGCAUAUGCCCCCUCCCCACCCUCUUCGCCCCUCCCCUCUGUCCCAUCGGCUUGCUUGUCUGCCUGCAGUGCUGCCAUCGACCCAGCCGCUGUCUUGGUGCUCUGCUUCUGGUUUCGCAGCUCCACAGUGAAGUAGACGAUAAGAGUGACGACCACCACCAGCAGCCCCCCGAACGAUAACAGGCCCGGCACCUCACCAAACACGGCGAACACGAGCAGAGGGGCGAGGGGGAUCUCCAGCAGCGUCAGCAGCGACACUUGUGCGGGCAACAGAUACCUCGCUCCGGCGGAGAGGGCGGUGAAUGCGAGGGGCUGGAUGAGGAUGCCGUGGACGGCGCACCAGAACACGCCACUCGGCCCGCCCUCCGCUGCUACUUUGGCAAAGUUGAGGCCGUCUGCGAAGACGUAGCCGCAGACCACCCCCAGUACGAGCGCAAACACGCCCGUCCACGUGUUGCAGUAGACGACGUCAAAGUGCUCCACCCUCCGGGCGGCCAGCUUCGAGUAGAAAAACAUCGAGCCCCACACCACCGACAUGAUGAGCGCCAGGAAGAUGCCGAACAGCCCCUUGCCCUCCCCGCCCUGCUGCUCCCCCAGACAUAUCAUGGCCACUCCGGCCGCCGUGCCCAACAUCGCCAGCCACAGCCGCAGAGUGGUCGGCUGCCGCAAAACCAGCCAGCUGCACAGAGCAGCGAACAGGGGCGAAGUCGCCAAAAUGCCCAUCACGUUGGCCGCAGUGGUCUCCAUGAUCGCCCAUGGCAGGAGGUUCUGCGCCCAGCCCAGCAGAAAGGCCGCUAUCAACCCUGUCGUCCCGAUGGUCCGCCUGACGUUGCCGUCCCGCACCAGGAUGGUCGUCAGCUUCUCGCAGGUUUUCCUGCUUUGGGCGAUCUUCUGGCAGAGCAAACAGAGGGCUAUCGAGGGCAGAAGGAAGAGCUGCCGGAUGACGAUGUAGGUCCACAGGUCGAGAGCGUUACCAGCCAGCCGAAUCACGACGGGCGCCGGUGCCAGCGCGAUGACGCCCACCAUGACGAUGUGCACGCCCUUGACGGGGUCAGACAGACCCUCCCACCACCUCGCCAUGCCGUUACACCGCUCCCCGUCUGCCUCUGCCGCCACCUCUAUCGACAGCUCGGUGAGGUCCUUUUUGCCUGGCGUGGGCAUCUGCUCCUGGUCGGCAUCUGGAGCUGCGGACAGACCGGGGGAUGUGGUGGCGGCGGACAGCCCGGGGGACGUUGUCGUGGCGGUCGCAGAUGCCACGUAUGUCACCUCCGCAGAGUCUUCGCCCACCUGCAGGGCCGCCGCCAUGACGAAAACCCCACCCCCUCGAGAAAGAUGGACAACGGAAGGCCAACAGUCACCCCUGCCUUCCUCAAAGCCUGCAGAAAGGACUUCAAAA